GCUGCCUCUCUCUGUCCCCAUCCGGCGCUGCUCUCCACGCCGCAGAGACAGCAUGGCGGACAGCAGGAGCUCCGAUGAGUCCCAGCCGGAGGAGAACAGCGAGGAGGAGGAGACUCCAGGCGGAGAGGAGCUCAACCUGGAGGAGGUGCUGCGGCUCGGAGGGACCCAGGCGGACUACAUCCUGCUGGCGGCCGUCGAUGACUCCAACGAGAUCGUCGAUGGAGGGAUGAAGGGAGCCAUCGACGACCUGGAGGAGGGAGAGCUGGAGGGAUUCAUAUCCAAACUGGGGAUCCGGGCCCACACCGGGUCCCAGAGCGUCCCGGACCAGCCAGAGGGUGGCGCCGCUGCAGACCACAGGAAGGGCAAAAAGGCUGUGGAAGCAUCGGCCGCGGAUCAAGUGUCCAGCUCUCAGAGUAAAAAACAGAAGAAGAAGGAAGAUGUUCCGGUUCCCUCUGGGAAAAAGCCGAAGCAGAACCCGGCCCAGUUUGAGUUCCAGCCGCGGCAGGUUCUGCUCAUCAAGCCGGGCGGGAAGUGGUUCGAGCUCGAGUACGCCUCGGAAGGGUCGGAUACGCCACAGGACGCGGCGGUGGCGUCCCGCUACAGGGCGCUGGCGCAGCGGCUGUUUGAGUCCGAGGUGGAGCUGUACCGCACCAAGAAGAACCUGCAGAGAGGAGCCAACUCCGCCUGGAUGAAGACGGUGGUGUCCUCCGGCGCGCUGGCCGACCGCAUGGCCGCCAUGACGGUGCUGGUGCAGGACGCGCCGGUGCACAUGCUGGAGCACGUGGAGACGCUGGUUUCCAUGGUGAAGAGGAAGGGCAGCCGGCGGAUGGGCCUGAUGGCGCUGGACACGAUGCGGGAGCUGCUGAUGUCCGACCUGCUGCCCGAGCACCGGAAGCUCCGCCCCUUCGCCCAGCGCCCCUUCGACCAGCUGGAGGAGCGGGCGAGCGGCAACCGCGACGCCCGCGACCGCCGCCUCAUCCUCUGGUACUUCGAGCACCAGCUGAAGCAGCAGGUGGCCGAGUUCGUGGCGGCGCUGGACGAGGUGGGCCACGACACGGUGGCGGCCACCAAGGCCAAGGCGCUGGCCGCCGCCCACGAGCUGCUGAGCGGCCGGCCCGAGCAGGAGAGGGCGCUGCUGGUGCAGGUGGUCAACAAGCUGGGUGACCCCGACUACAAGAUGGCGGCCAAGGCAGCGCACCUGCUGGAGACGCUGCUGCACCACCACCCCAACAUGAAGGCGGUGGUGUGCUGCGAGGUGGAGCGCCUCAUGUUCCGGCCCAACGUCGGCGCCAAGGCGCAGUAUUACGCCGUGUGCUUCCUGAGCCAGGUGAUGCUGAGCCACGACGAGGCGCCGCUGGCCGCCAAGCUCAUCGCCGUCUACUUCUCCUUCUUCGGCGCCUGCGUCAAGAAGAAGGACGUGGAGUCCAAGAUGCUGAGCGCUUUGCUGACCGGCGUCAACCGGGCGUAUCCCUACGCCGACGCCGGAGACGAGAAGGUGCGCGAGCAGCUGGACACGCUGUUCCGGGUCGUCCACCUGGCCAAGUUCAACACGGCGGUGCAGGCGCUGAUGCUGCUGUUCCAGGUCCUGGACGCACAGCAGAGCGUGUCUGACCGCUUCUACGUGGCCCUGUACAGGAAGCUGCUGGACCCGGGCCUGGCGGCGGCGCCGCGGCAGAACCUGUUCCUCAACCUGCUGUUCAAGGCGCUGAAGGCGGACGUGGCGCCGCGGCGCAUCAAGGCCUUCGCCAAGCGGCUGCUGCAGGUCGCCGCGCAGCAGGGCGCCUGCUUCGCCGCCGGGGCGCUCUUCCUCGUCUCCGAGGUGAUGAAGGCCAAGCCGGGCCUGCGGAUGCUGCUGCAGCAGGGGGAGGACGGGGCGGAGGAAGAGGAGGAGUUUAAAGAUGUCUGUGAGGAGAGGCGCCAUGAUGAAGAGGAGGAAGAGGAGGAGGCUCUGGCCCACAGACCGGAGGGAGGCGUGGCGGAACCAGCGACCCGGCCCACGGCAUCAUGGGUCCACCACCAGAACCUGGAAGGAGGCCGGAGCUCCCAGAACUACGACCCGGUCCACAGGAACCCGCUGUUCUGCGGUGCCGACCGCUCGCCGCUGUGGGAGCUGCACCGGCUGUCUCUGCACUUCCACCCAUCGGUGUCCCUGUUCGCCAGAACCGUCCUGCAGGGAGAACCGGUCCAGUACACUGGCGAUCCGCUCCAGGACUUCACGCUGAUCCGGUUCCUGGAUCGCUUCGUCUUCAGGAAUCCAAAGCAGCUCAGAGGAAAACGUGAGAAUCCCGGAUCUCCAGCUCCUUCCCGACCCGGGUCGGUUCUGAUCCAAUUUCCUGUCUGUUUGUCAGAAAACACGGAUUCUGCAGCACUGAGGCCCAAGCAGCGGUUCCCGGUCAGCUCGCUGCCAGUGAACGGCGCCGAGUUCCUGUGCAGAGACGAGAGCCAGAUCCCCGUCGACCAGGUCUUCUUCCACCGCUUCUUCAAGAAACGGCAGCAGGAGAAGCAGAGCCGGCGGCCGCGACCCGACGGAGACGACGGCAGCGUGGAGAGCGUGGACGACGACGAGUUCGAGGAGGCACUGGAUUCCUUGGAGACCGACUUCACCAACGUUCCGGACGGCGACCUGGACUUUGCAGGGAACGUCCGCAGUAAGAAAGGGAGGGACUCGGAGGACUCGGACUUGGAGGAUGACCUGGACGACGAGGAGGUGUCUCUGGGCAGCAUGGAUGAGGAAGACUUUGGAGAGGAUGAAGGCGGGACCUUCAUGGACCCUGAGGAUGAUGAUGGUCCAGAGCUGGAGGAUGAAGACGUUCCUGAAGGUUCAGGCGAGGAGGCGGAGCUUCCUGCCAUUCCUCAGACCAGGAAGAGGAAGUCCUCCAAGGAGCCUGAUUUCUCCGGACCUUUAGAGCCGGAGAAGGAGAAGAAACGAAGGAAAGACAGAGGCGUGUUUGCUUCAGCGGAGGAGUUUGGAUCCCUGCUGGACGAAAACUCCGACUGCAAGUUGGACAACAUCAGCCUGAACGCCAUGGCCAACAGCGACAGAGCAGGCCUGAAGCAGCUGAAGUGGGAAUCGCAGCGGGACGACUGGAUCCACGGUCGGGACUCCCAGACGCUGCGCCGCAGGAAGAGCUCCUUCAUCAGGAGGAAGACGAGGGGCCGCGGGGCCUUCAGGAGGAACAGGAAGUAGCUCAGUCCUGUUUGGCCGCCCAGGCUUCCUGGUCCCGCUCCCGGAUCCCAUAGAUCCCGGCCCACUCGUUGGACUGGUAGUAAACUGGGGGACAGGAGAGACUGUCAAAGACUGAUUCAUUGUUAAAGUAAUUUCAUUUAUUAAAGCUUCACACAAACGUUUUCUUUUGUUAAUAAACUCUGCAAUGUUUUUCUGA